CCAUGACAUUCUAUUUUUUGCUUUUUCUUGUUUCUGUGUUUUAAAAUUUCUGCAAAUCAAAGGGGCCUUAAAGCUGUGGACCAGAGCAAAGUCAACCACAUGUAAAUUAUCAGAAAUUUCAGUUCCGAAAUUUCAGUAGGAUGGAUACGGAUAAACUCAGCAGAAGACUGUUCAAUUGGUGUGUGUAUGUCCAGUGUCUUGCUCCAGCAAAGCAACGAAAGCUUGUUUUAGUUGCACUGUGCUCAUCGGUGCCGGGGCGCCACACGUCGCCGUGCAUGCCUUACACGCUGGCCUGCUGGCACACGUCGUUCCCAACAAGCACGCACACUUCAACUCCUCCCCGCCAUCUCCUCACCAGCAAUUCUAUCUUCCCAUCCAUCUUGCGGCUCGUGCCAUGGCAGAUCAGCCGGGAAGCUCGUUGCCGGUCGUUGCUCGUCCGGCCCGGCUCCGGAGCGGCCAAGCGUCCUACUCGUCCCGCCGGCGCGUCCAUCCAUCCAACGCCCAGCUCCUCGUCUACCUAGCCCUCGCCGUCACCUUGGCCGCCCUCCUGGUCCUCACCGGCGUCACGCUCACCGUCGCGUCAGUCGUGCUCGUCGUCCUCGUCGUCCUCGCCCCGCUCUUGCUCCUCACCAGCCCUCUCUGGGCGCCGGUGGCAGUGGUGGCCAUCGUCUCGGGGGGCGCCUUGCUGUUUGGCUGUAGCCUCACGGUGUUCGCGCUGAGAGCGAGCACGUGGGCGCACCGGCGCCUGACGGGGCGGCACCCGGUGGGCGCGCGUCGGGUGGGCUACGCCCGUGGGCGUGGCCGGUUCGCCGGCGCGGGUGGCCACGCGACGGGCUACCACGGGCAGGGACAAGGGUACGAUCGGAUGAAGGACGCCGUGCCCGGGGCCUAGCUGGCGGCGAACAAGCUUCUCCUUCCGCGCAUUCCGUUUGGUUUGGAUACGUUUUACACGCUGUGUUUUAGUUGGAACUGGUUCGUUGGCGAGGUAUAUACUGUGCUGAUACACGUUUUCAUGUGUGUUUUGAAUGCAUUUCUUGAUCCUGCGGGAAUCAACUCUGCACAUUGCUGACUGUAUGUGCGUGUGUAUGUUUAUGUGAGUGCGGAGCUGAUCAAGGCCACUG